AUGGAUUCAGGCCCUCCCAAGGCGGGCAAGAUCACUAUUAAGCGUCCCGCAGAGCCAUUGCCUGUCGAGUUGUUGCCAAAGCAAAAGAAGAUCACUCUAAGACUCACUCAUAAUAAUGGCCCUGUCACUCCUGUCAGCGAUCUUCCUGUUAUAAUCAACCCAGCAAUGUCCAAUUCACCAACAUCAGAACCAAUAAUCAUUCUUGACGACGAGCAACCUCCUUUUGUUAUAUCACAACCUGCUGCUCCCUUGCCCUCUUUGAAAUUGAAGCUCAAGCCUCCUGCUAGGCCACCACAACAACCACUGCCAGCAGAUGAGGUCAAGAACAGUAAUGUAAAACAAAGAGUUGUGAAGAAGGAAGCUACGCCAGUGAAUGGGCCAAUGUCGCCACCUCGAUCAACUUCCCCUGUAGUCAAAAUACCACAACAUCCACUGCACCCAUCUGCUUCCAUAAACCCUGCAAUGGUCGCAGUCAAGCAGGAAGUCAUCGAGGUGAUUGACGACGAUGUUGACGCUGUCGUUGUAAUGAAGAAGGAACCAGUGAUCAAAACAGAAUCAAUGAUUAAAACAGAAUCAGUCAAAGCUGAGGUGCCUAGUAGUAGUAUGGAUAUAGACGUCGAAGAUGAUAUAAUCAGCGUCGGUAGUAGAUCAAGCAUGCCCCCAGAUUCAAAACCAUUGCAGAUCGAGGACUAUCAAACAUCAGACGACGAUGAUGAUGAUGAUGAUGAUAUACCACGUCGCAAAUCAGACGUAUACGAUGACGAAGCAAACAAGAAAUUCGAUGCGGCAAUAACCACAGAUCCCAACUAUCAAAACAUGAAGAUCAUUGAUACGACGUCUUUCAUACCAAAGAAGGCUGGUCUCAGUGCUGCGGCACUUGUAUCUACUUCGGAUGUACCACCGCCACCACCAGACUUCUUGACGUCUCGUUUUCCAGAGAAUUCAGACUUUAGGAAUCUAGACUUACUGCCAGACCAUGCGCUACGUCCAUUAAUCAUAACUCCAGACGGUACCAUGAUAUUAGAAGGGUAUUCUACGUUAGCAAAGGCAGCAAAGGACUUUUUGACUACUGUCGCAGAACCAUCGUCUCGACCUGCUCGCAUGCAUGAGUACAAGUUGACCUCCUUCUCAUUGUACGCCGCAGUAUCAGUAGGAGUAGAAACCAACGUCAUCAUCAAAACGCUACAAAGGUUUAGUAAAACAGUCGUGCCACGUAAUAUCAUAAAAUUCAUCAAGGAAUGUACUCAUACAUAUGGUAAAGUAAGAUUGGUAUUGAAGAAUAAUCGCUACCACGUGGAAUCUGCUCAUCCAGAGAUUCUAAGUAUGCUGCUCAAGGAUGAAGUCAUUGCUGGGGCUCGUGUAAUAUCCGAUACUGUUGCACCACAACCUGCUCCAGAAGAACGCAAAGCUAUGGCAGCUGGUAUUCAGAUAGACGAUAUGUUUGGUGCCGUCAUCACCGUCGAUCGAGAUGAUGAAUCUGAUGAUGAAGAUGCAGAAGCUACAGAUGACUUGGGUAUAUUGUCGUCAUCUAAGAAGAAUCUGAUCGACUUGACUGAAUCCUUUGAGAUUCGUAAGAAUAUGGUAGAAACUGUAAGAAGACGAUGUCGAGAACUCGACUAUCCCUUACUAGAAGAAUAUGCAUAUACAGAAGAUACAGCCAAUCCCACUCUCGACUUGACUCUGAAAGGUACUACUGCUCCUCGUGACUACCAAGCAAAAGCCUUGUACAAGUUACUUGGCGGUCAGAAUCGAGCUCGAUCUGGUAUUGUCGUGCUACCUACCGGUGCCGGUAAAACCCUAGUAGGAAUAGCAGCAGCAUCUGCCAUUAAAAAGUCAGUCCUGGUAUUAUGCACAAAUGCACUAUCUGUAAGCCAAUGGGAAACAGAAUUCAAACGAUGGGCCAAUGUUCCUGACGGAGCUAUAGCUGCAUUUACUGCCCAAUCAAAAGAUGCAUUCAAAACGCCUGCUGGUAUUUUGAUUAGCACUUAUACCAUGAUGUCGAAUCAAGGUGAACGUGCCAAAGCAACACAAGAAGUACUUGAAUUCAUCAAUUCUCGAGAAUGGGGGUUGGUGAUUCUUGAUGAAGUACACGUCAUACCUGCCAAAGUCUUCAGGCGAGUGUUGACGAUUGUGGCUGCACAUGCUAAAUUGGGUUUGACGGCUACAUUGGUGCGAGAAGAUGACAAGAUUCAGGACCUGAACUUUUUGAUCGGGCCGAAACUGUAUGAAGCUGAUUGGCUUGAGUUGAUGGAUGCUGGUCAUAUUGCUCGCGUCGAUUGUACAGAAGUCUGGUGUCCUAUGCCAUCUGCUUUCUAUGAUCUUUAUAUGAAGGCCUCAGCCAAUAAACGACGACUUAUCUCAGUCUUGCAUCCUGGCAAAUUCAAUGUCUGCCAAUGGCUUAUCAAAUGGCGCGAGUCGCUUGGUGAUCGUAUCCUAGUGUUCUCAGAUAAUGUGUUUGCCUUAGAGUUCUAUGCCAAAGCUCUCAACAAGCCCUACAUUCAUGGUGGUGUUGACCACCGUGAACGUAUGGGGCUUAUUCGUGCCUUCAAGGCAGGAGACACUCGAUUCCCGACUCUCUUCCUGUCCAAAGUCGGUGACACAUCUCUAGACUUGCCUGAAGCGACCUGUUUGAUUCAAAUCAACUCUCAAUUCGGAUCUCGUCGUCAAGAAGCUCAACGUAUGGGUCGUAUCUUGCGAGCCAAGAGACGUACCGAGCCUGGUUUCAAAGCCCACUUCUUCACACUGGUCUCUAAAGACACUGAUGAAGUAUAUUGGUCUCAGAAGCGAAGGACUUGGCUUGUUGAUCAAGGGUUUGAGUUUACUAUCAUUGACGAUAUAUAUAAGCAAAUACCUCCCGACCAAGCAGCUUCUCUGCUCUAUGUUACUCCAGAAGCUCAAAACUUGAUGCUGGCAAAACUGGUCGAGGCCAAUGACGAUGAUGCCCGAGAUGAAGUUGUACCUGGUGCCAAUGAUGGAUUUGAAGUCACUACCAAGACUGGCAGGAAGAAGACCAUGACGCGAACUCAACGUGAGAAGUUGCAGCAGAAGGAAGAACGCAGAGUUGAGCGGGAAGAGAGACCGAGAUGA